AUGCCUGCGAGAUUGGGUCUCCCGACCUCCCCCCCCUCCCCUCGUGUUGGACACAAUUGGCACUGCCUCGACUCGUCUUCGUCUUCGUCCGAUGGGCGAUUGCAGUCGCAGACUGCACAAGGUUGCACUCGGAGUUGCCGCUAUGGUACCGACAUUUUGCGCGUGGAGAGGGUGUAUUUUGGGCAGAAGUGUCUCUUGACAGACACACACUCGGUUGGCUUGUGCCGAAAGCCGGUUUCCGUUUGUAAGUUGGCUUUCGCGACAAAACACGAUGCGCUCGAAGGUGACGAUCGGGAAAGUCUGCCUCGUCGGGCUCACGACAUGUUUGCCGGCGGUACCGUCAACGAUGGCUCGUUGAGGUGCUCCACAAUCCGAUCAGUUGCCAUGGCAUUUCACACGGUCUUCUAUGCCGCAAAGGGGAGCUACAGUUUCGUCGUGGGAUUGUUGACGAGGCAAAGCAAUCGACUGGGCCUCGGUGAAUCUCAUGACAUUGCGAGAAAGUGCAUGAAGAAGAGAUUUCGGUCGUGUUCAUGA